AUGCAAAAAAACUUCAUUAAACAAUGCAAAGUUUGUGGGUCAAAAGAAAAUGUUUGUUUUCAUUUUGGAGUUUGUACAUGUAGGGCUUGUGGGGCUUUUUUCAGACGUUAUAUUGACAACGGAGAAGUAUGCAAAUUUAAAUGUAUAUGUUGGCAAAAACCAUUGUCAAAAGAGAAUAAAGACGGAAAAUCCCAAACAAAUUUGGAAAAAUGUAAAAAAUGUAGACUUGAUAAAUGUCUUCUUGUUGGAAUGAAAAAUGUUUUGUAUUUACGUCAUGAUAUAAACCUAGAAGCAAUGGAAAAACAGAAAAACAGAAUUACACUUCAAAAUCCCCCAAUUGUCGACAUAACUAUCAAUGAUCGACAACAAAUCAACUCAAUUUUACCAAUCAUCGAAGCCAAAAAACGUAUUAUGCAUGCAUUUAAUGAUUUGGAUGAUAUAUUCCUCAAAGGCCCUAUACUGUUUGAAGAAAUACUUUUAUCCGAUUUUAAUAUUUUCCGUUUAGUUGGUAAUUUCUCGCCGAAUCCGAGUCCAAUACCUCUUGAUGAAGUAAAAAGUUGGGAAACUUCAUUGCAAGCCGAGGGAAUGCUUAACAAUCGUUAUCAUAAAUAUUUGUUAGUUGACCGACUUCUGAUUGUUGGUAUAGCUAAAUCUAUUCCUGUUUUUAUAAAAUUGACCUUGACAGAUCAGGUGUUUUAUAUAAACUUUAUGUAA